UUGCUGUCGAGGGUAAAAACUAAAAAGUCAGUGUCUUGCUGAAGAAAAGAUAUCGACAUAUCCAUCAUUCCUCGAUCUCCAUUUAUUUCCUUCUGGUCCUUUAUACUCCUCCGAGUUCGCCAAUGCUUGCUUAAAAUGCCAUCAAUGCCUACUGCCCAAUGGUUUGCGGCCGCGAUUUUAGGUUUGUGGGGACUCGGAGGAGCCUUGCGUGAUGUGAAAGGCUCGAGCUUUUUGCUUCUCCGCUAAUGGCGACGGCUGCUUCGGCUGGUGCUUGAGGAGCUUUUAAAUAGAGGGGUUUUUGGGAGAGCAAUGGGAGCGCUGCUUGCGACGAAGCAUCAGAGAGUGAUGGGGGGAUUCUCAGCGAGAAUGGUCUGCUUUCUCUGCAUCUCUUGCUUCUGUCUUGGGGUUUUACUGGUGAACAGGAUAUGGACCUUUCCUGAGCUCGCUGGUGGAAACGAGGCAUCGCCAAAGGGAGUUUAUAAAGGGAGAUAUCUGGAAAGAUCUGUACAUUGUGAAAGAAAGGAAACUUCAAUCCCUGGGGAUAUUCUUGGCCAAGUAUCACAUACUCAUGAUAUAAUCAUGACUUUGGAUAAAACAAUUUCUGAUCUAGAGAUGCAACUGGCAGCUGCUAGAGCUGCACAGACGUUUGAGAAAACUAUGGGAUCUCAAACAGAAUCACUAAUACGUCGUCGCAAAGUCUUCUUUGUCAUGGGAAUUAUGACCGCAUUUAGCAGUAGAAAACGCAGAGAUUCAAUUAGAAAUACUUGGAUGCCUCAAGUUCAAAAUCUUAGAAGAAUGGAGCAAGAGAAAGGAAUUGUAAUUCGCUUUGUUAUUGGCCGCAGCUCAACUCCUGUUGGUGUUUUAGAGCGUGCUAUGGAAGCGGAAGAAGUGCAGCAUCAGGAUUUCCUUAGACUGAAUCAUGUUGAAGGUUAUCAUGAGUUGUCUUCAAAAACUCAAAUAUACUUCUCCAUGGCUGUGACUCUAUGGGAUGCUGAUUUUUACAUCAAAGUAGAUGAUGAUGUGCAUGUAAAUCUUGGUGUUCUUGCUUCUAAUCUAGCGCACCACAGAUCAAAACCUCGUGCCUAUAUUGGCUGUAUGAAGUCUGGACCUGUGCUGGCAAAGCA